GAGAUAAUUUAAAAAAUUUGGCCUUGAAAAUACCGCAUUUUGCAGUUAUUUGCAUUCUUCCGAAAAAAGUUCCAGCGACGACCUAGAGUCUCGAACGACAGCGUCUGGGCUCUUCCAACCUCCAAAUACAAAAUCUACCCAAUUUAUUUUACUUCUCAACCGUUCUUCAGUAUUUGCUUGGUUGUUUGAUUUGAUUUAGUGUUUCAGCCGAUCCACCUUAGGUACAAACCUUGAAGCAACAUGGUCAUGAUGAAACAGGGAUGUCUGGAUUUGAAGAAAGUCUUCAAAUUCCAUUCAGAUGAAUAUGCACCAAUGAAAUCCUACUCAGACGAAGAUGGACCAACGAAAGGCUAUUUGUUCUCUUUCAAAACCCUUGCUGCUGCCACCAGAAAUUUCCAAAAUUGCAUCGGUAGGGGCGGCCUUAGCUCGACCUACCGGGGAAGAUUGGGAUAUGGGAUGGAGAUCGCAGUAACGAAGGUGUCGUACAAAUUAAAUCGAGAAGAGGAGCUCCUCCUGAAGCGGCUUCCACUGUUGCAGCAUAGGAACGUCGUGAAGCACUUGGGGUACUGCAUCCACGGCGGAGAGGUGUUCCUCGUCUGCGAGUUCCUCCAUCAAGGGAGCCUCUCCAAUUUCUUGUUCACGAAGAAUAAAAUGGGGCUUGAUUGGAAAAGGAGGUUCGACAUUAUUUCUGGGGUAGCUCGGGGCCUGCUCUAUAUUCAUGAGGAUUUUCACACUCCCAUUAUCCACCGCGACAUCAAACUUAGUAAUAUCCUCUUGGAUAAGAACUGGGUCCCUAAGAUUGCAGGUUUCGACCUUCAGAUCUUCUUAUUGGAAGAUGAGACUGGGGUAGCUCCGGUUGCUGGCACACUCGGGUACAUAGCUCCCGAAUACGUUAUGACAGGAAGAAUAUCGGUGAAGUGUGACGUAUUCAGCUUUGGAGUGGUGGUGCUAGAGUUGAUCAGCGGCCAAAAGAACCUUGAUUUAUAUCGCCGAGAUGCCUAUACGCAUACGCUUCGCGAUUGGGCAUAUGAGCUCUACAAGAAAAAUCGAAUCUUAGAGUUCACGGACCCAACAUUAGAACCCUAUCCAGCCAUAGAACAAAUUGAGAUGUGCAUCAAGAUAGGGUUAUUGUGCACUCAAGAUGACCCUAGUUUACGGCCUACCAUGCUCGACGUGGUGGUAAUGCUAUCAAAGAAGCCCGACACAACACUUCAAGAGCCCACGGAAUCCAGAUAUAGAAGAAUUAGCGAGAUUGCUUCCUUAGCAUCAUCCUCUCAUUCCUUUGUCUGCACCAUAGAUGCACAAGAGAUAGACACAGUGAAGGAAGCCGAAUUCAGAUUGAAGGAACCGGAAUCAGUUUUAGCAAAAUCAGAUCCGCUUUCAAUAGUAGGGUCCCAAUACCCACAGGAAGGCAAAUGGAAACGGCUAAUAGGGAUAGAUUCUGAGGCAGAGGGUAUGUCAAUCAAUGCUGGACCAAGCGAAGAUCAGAAAAUGGUUGAACAAAUACAGUGGAGAGGUGAAACGGCAGAAUCCAUUCCACAUGCUUUUGGGGUUGGAGACCAGCCUUCACAGGCGGGAGAAGAGAUGGAGAACAAGUUGCUAAAUUUGGCAGAAUCCGAAAUCAGAAUAUCUCUGCCAACUGAGCCUCAAAGAAUAAUUAUUCCAAGAUCAGAAGGUAAGCCAAUAGAACGCAAUUUAACCAAAAUUUUGGAAUGCCUAAGGGAUGCCAAUACCAGGAAGAUUGCUAUUCUGGGGAAAAGUGGGAUAGGGAAGACUACUUUGUUGAGAGCUUUGAAGGAUAUGCCAGAAAUAAAAAGCAUGUUUGACAUUAUUAUCUGGGUCACUGUUGCAAGAGAUUUUAGCUCACAGAAGUUGGAUGAUAAGAUUGCACAACAACUAUUACCGUAUGUGCAUGGCACUAUGUAUGAUGAAGUUGCACCACGGUUUUUACCAGAUUUAUCUAGCACUGUGUCUUCUCAAAGAAUUUCAACUAAGAUGUUUGAAUUGUUAAAUGGAAAGAAGUUCUUGGUGCUUCUGGAUGACGUUCUAUGGAAGCUCAAUAUGCAGAUCCCAUACCAGUACCUCCUCAAUGGUAGCAAGAUAAUUAUCUCUACUGAAUUUCCGGAUGUUUGUGGGAGCAUGGCAACAGAUUUGAUAAUUGAAUUGGAUUCUCUCUCCAGGGAAGAGGCUUGGGAGGUGUUCUGUGAGAAGAUGGGUGAAAUGGUUGCGUCUCCAAAUAUUCACCCAUUUGCUACAACUAUGGUCAAAAUGUGUGGGGGUUUGCCAUUGCUGAUCAAUUUGAUAGGUGGAGCCUUGAAAAACAAUAACAAUGUUGAAGUGUGGAUGCAUGCAUUAUCGCAGCUGCAGUCAAGCGCUACCACUGAGAUACAAGGCCAUACUUUUGUUUCUAAAGUAUUAAAAUAUGCUUAUGACCAACUUGAUGAUAACAAAAAGAGUUGCUUCCUAUCAUGUGCAAUUUAUGCCCCAGGCCAGAAGAUCUACGUAGAUGAGUUGAUAGAACGAUGGAUUUCUGAGGGUUUUAUAAUUGGAAACUUCACUAAUGCACGUCACAAGGGGCUUGAUAUACUAAAGGAUCUUGUGGAGGCCUCUUUGUUGGUGUUUGUUGAUGAUAAGAUAUCUGUUGAGAUGCAUGAUAUUGUUUGGAAUCAAGCUAUACAGAUCAUGUAUAAUGAGGGCAGAGAAAUCUUUCUUCGGAGAGACCCAAAAAGAAUCACACAUCCAUUAUUAGAAUGUAAGGGCUUGUUGUCAAGAAUCGGUAUAGGAGUUACAGAGCCACCAGAGGAGGAGUGGGAAAAAUCUGAGUGGAUCUUCUUGAUGGAUAAUCAAGUAUCCAUGCUACCUGAGAGGCCAAGGUGUCCCAGGCUAUUGUUGUUAUUCCUACAAAGAAAUAACCGUUUGAGAAUGAUACCAAUAUCAUUCUUUGACCACAUGUCUUCCCUCCAAAUCCUGAAUCUGUCCAAUACCAGAAUUAAGACCUUACCACCUUCAAUUUCCAAGCUUGUGAACCUUCAAGAACUCAUUCUAUGUGAUUGUGAACGUUUAGUUGUGCUCCCAUCUGAAGUUGGACAACUUAGGCAACUUAAGGUUCUUGAUCUCCAAGGCACUCAUAUUGAAAGUCUGCCUAAUGAGAUUGGGGAGUUGACUUGUCUCCAGUACUUACAAGUUUCAUUUUGUGUUGAUUCUAACUACAGUAAAAAUCUGGAUGUAUCCCCUCAAAUGAUUCCACGUGGAAUAAUAUCAAGGCUCCUUCUAUUAAAAGACUUGAGCAUAGCUGUAGAUGCAGAGGAUUUGCGGUGGAAUAGAAGUGUGGAGGAAGUCACAAAGGAAAUGUCUAGUUUGAAUGAGUUAACUCAUCUUCAAUUUUACUUUCCGGAUGUAAAACUUCUGAAGUGCUUUAUGCAACUAAACCAGUCAUGGAAACAUCAAUGGUUGAGAAAGUUCAAUUUUAUUGUUGGAGAGGAUGUUAAACGCAUCAUACGUCGGGUCCCAGUUGACAUUGAAUUCAAAUAUCAACAGCAAGACCGGUGUUUAAGAUUUGUGAAUGGUGAAAGUGAAACUUUUCCGUAUGAGAUCUUGCAAGUCCUUUCUCGUUCCACUGCAUUCUAUUUAGAUCAUCAUCUGAAUGUUCAAAGCUUAUCAGAAUUCAAAGUUCAAAAUUUGAAUUACUUACAAUGUUGUAUAUUAAGUGAAUGUCCACAGAUUGAGACAAUUUUGGAUACAACAGAGGCUAUUAGAGAAAGUGCAUUACCAGUGCUAAAGUGCUUGUGUAUUCAUAAUAUGUGGAAUUUGACUAGUAUUUGUAAAGGAAUUGUGCCACAUGGAAGUUUUGCUCAGCUAAAACAUUUGGCUUUGCAUUCUUGCCCCAAGUUGUGUUACAUUUUUGGGUCAUCUAUCCUUCAACAUCUCUCUAAUUUAGAGCAGUUGGUUGUUGAAGAUUGUGCUGUAGUCAAAGAGAUAAUAACUGAAGAGGAGAUAGUCAAUUGUGAUACAAUUCUACUUCCAAGGUUGAAGAGAUUAUCACUUCAUUACCUACCUGAACUGGUUAGCAUUUGCCAAGGCACUUUGCACUCGUUAGAGCAAAUCAGUUUUUAUUAUUGUCCAAAAUUUAGGAAUCUUUCUGCGGGUAUUCACUUCACAGAUACCAUAAAGGAGAUUAAAGGAGAGAAGGCUUGGUGGGAUGCAUUACAUUGGGAAGAAACUGCACCUUUUUCACGACUCCAACCCUUUUUCAUUCCGAUAUGUGCUGACGAUGUUUAGUCUAAGUGAAUUUCUUCAUGUUUUCUUUUUUUUUCUUUUCCCUCUUUUGUUCAUAUUGUUAGAAUAAUCAUUAUCCUUUUUUCCUCGUCAAUGUAUUUUUUUCUUUAUUCUUUUAUCUAAGAGUAAUCUCUUAGACAUGAAAAAGCUAUUCAGGAUGAAUAUUGGCUCUUGUCCAAUUCUUUUACUUUAA